GUUUCCGUAGAGACGUUUCAAAAUGGCGUCGGCCCCUUGGGUUAAAUAUGAUGAUGGGACUUCAGAUGGGUUUUCAGCCAAUUGUUUUCCUGUUCGAAGUCUUGUCAGGCACCCAGAUGAUGUCAGUGGUGCAUGGCUGUUUGAACAAAAAGCAGAGCAAAGAAGAAGAUUCAAGGCAGUGCUAUGUACAAAGCCAAAAACAUAUGCACAGAUAAAAGAAGAACGAAAAAGAUCAGACCGAGAGGGCACAUCCUUUAAUCCUGCUGAAAUUCCAAACUUGGAUGAGGAUGAAGAAGAACAGCAGGAGGCACCAGCAUUGGAUGGUUUCUUCUUGAUGAGACAUUGCUGUGUGGAAGACCCUUCAGAUUUAUGUUCUGUCAACAUAGCUGGAAAAGAAUUGUCAGAAUUUAAAGAGGAAGAUUUUGCACUUUUUGAUAAUGUUGCAUAUGUGAAUGCUUCUGAAAAUUAUCUCCCUUUUGAGGCUUUUAGAGGUUUUCCAAUAAUCAGAGAACUUGAGAUUCCACUGAAUGGCCUCCGGAGUAUAAGAUUAAAUCCAGGGGAUUAUCCUACCUUAGAGAUAGUAGAUAUCUCUUAUAACAACCUUUCCCAUGAAGAUAUACUGUCACUGGGUACAUUACCUAACCUUAAAGUCUUACAUCUGACGGGUAAUAACUUCCGAUCCUUGCCACCAGAUAUGGCACUACCUUUCCAGGACACUACAAGUAAAAGAAAGAUUCCACGUUUCCGUAACUUAGAGAUACUGAUGCUGGAUGAUAACAAACUGUGUUAUGUUGCUUUAUUUGCUGCCUUGGCUGGUCUUAGAAGACUUAGACAUCUUAAUCUAGAGAAAAAUGAAAUAUUUUAUGUUCCCCAACUGAAAUCAGUGGAGGGAAGUAUGGUUGUGAGUGAAGACGAUUCAGGUGAAAAACGGAAAAAAUCUGGCAAGAGAACAUCAAGAACACCGAGAUCUAGUCGACACAAUCGUAGAAAGUCUGACCAUACAUCAGAAACUUUACCUACUGUUCUAUCAGAACCUGGCGUUCCUGUGAAUACAGAGGCUUCAAUUCCUGUUCCCGCUAAUUCAGAGGUCGUCUCAAAUUCCAAUGAAAAAUCAGAUACAGAGGGCAAGGUUGACAAUGAUCAGAAAGAAGAUAAAAAAGAGCCAGCAAUAGAUGUAAAUGAAGAGUUUGAAGACUUCUCUAAAUCCUUGGCAGACUUGGAUAUAGAUACAGACUUGCCAACAGAACUUGAGCCUGAAUUUUUAGCUGAUGGAUCCAAAAACCCUAUUGUUGACAAAUUUGGACAGGAUCCUAAAGGACCACCAUUACCUCCCUUUCCAGAACUUAGAUAUCUUAAUUUGUCUUAUAAUUUGAUUGCAGAAGAAGAGGCAUUAUUAUCUAUAGCAGCUUGGCCCAUGUUGUCAGAACUUCUUAUAGCAAAUAAUCCUCUGACAACAGAGAAAAGUGGUGACCCUCCAUUACUCAAACGAUUCUUACAAGAUAGACUGGGAAUACAACUUGUCAGGAAAAAGGAAACUGAAACAGGAAAGCCAACUAUUGAAGUCCCUGCCAGAAAGUCAAGAAAAGUUUCAAGUAGAGUUCCAAAGAUUCCUAAAGUAUCAGUAGAAGAGAGGCUCAUGCUUGAAGCUCCACCUAGACCUCCAUCUGUUCCUAAACCAUCACAUAUGAAAGCCCUUCCACCAAUACCGCCUGCUAAUAAUAAAAACGGUCACCAUUCAGGAGAAAAUAAUAUACCAUCUAGUCCUGUCUAUCAGCGUGCAUUUCCAGAACAAUCUGAUGCACUUUCUAGUUCACCUGUGUAUAAAAGACAAUUUUCUGAGGAAUCUGGAGGUGUUCCUGAUUCUGCUGCAUAUAGACGAGCUCACUCACAAACACCUGAAUCAAUACCAGGAGAAAGUGAUUACAAGAGAAGAGUAUCUGAAGAAUCGGGAGGAAUUCCUGAAUCUUCUAAUUACAGGAGAGCUCAUUCUGUAACCCCUCAAAAUAUUCCUGGAGAAUCUGAUUAUAAAAGACAAUUUUCACCUCAAGAGCAAUCUUCUUCUGAUAAUAAACGACCAUACUCAGCAGGAGCAAUGCCACAACAGAAGGAACCUGAUGAUAAACCAGAAUCAAAGUCAGCAUGGUCAGAAGCACAACCUGAUCAAGCUUUCUUUAUGACUCAGGUUGAUGACACAGAGGAAGCAAAGACUGCAAAAUCCAAACCAAAAAAAGAAAAAGUCAAACAAGGCAAAUCCAAACCAAAACUAGAUGAUAAAUAUAAAGGCUAUGAAAUUCUUCUUGAUUUUGAAGAGGAUCCUCAUUUUAUGGAUCCAAAAGAUAUGCAAGGCAAUGUUAAAGCUUUAAAGUUUGCACUUGGACAUGAACUUGUAUAUAGGGAUGCAGCAGCUAGAUUGGAUCGCAUAGAGAAAUCAGUAGAACCAUAUAAAAAGUGGGAGAUGCCACCCAAGGUACCAAGGAAGACUAGGGGAGAGAGAGUGGAUUCUGUGCUUACAAAGCUUAAACAUCGUGAAACUGUUGAUGAAGCCAACCUCAGCAAUGUAUUAAAGGAUACUCGUUCUAAGAAAAAACAGUUCCCAGAGGCACAGACUCUUCUGGCUGAGAUUCAGAAGAGAUACAACACAGUGAGGGUUAAUUCAAUGAAGGAAGCCAGAGAAGUCAAAAAGAUCAUGACAGGAACAGCCCAUGAUUUAUCUAAGAAAGCAGAGAUAUUAAAAGCAACAUAAACCAUUUAAAUUUGAUAUUGUUUAACACUUGUAAGUGAGAAAGGACGUCAGGAUCAUUGUACAAAUAGAUGAAAAUGUUUGCUUUUCAAGAUAUAUGAUUAUAGUUUGCAACAGAUUGCCUUGAAAAGAAAUAUUUUUUGAAAUUUUAAACCUUCUCCUUUGUUUAACUUCCCUGUUACUAGUUGUUAAAUUCAGCAAUAUUUGAUUCCCCCUUGAUUAAGAAACAUAUGGUAAUGUCUGUGUUUUAAAAUUUUCUAGAUACUGAUUGGCUGCAUUACUUUUAUUUUGGUCUAGAAAUAAAAAAAAAUCAAGGAUUAUCUGUUAAAAAGAAAUCAUGUCAUUGUAUGAUAAGGCUUUCCUGUGGCCUUUUUUAAAAUAAAAAAAAUAUGAGACCACUAGAGUCAAACAGUUGAUAUUUAAAAAAGGUUAGUCAACUGAAAUGUUGUGACUGCCUCUAUAGUUUAAUAAACACUUACAGUUCAGUUCAGUACAGUAUGUUAAAGAUCUAAGAAAAUUCAUUUAAACUAGCAAAAAGACGUUUUUGGAGCACUAUUAAACAUGCUUUGUAUAAAAAGGAAAAUGCAUAAGUAGUAAGAGAUAUGUCAAAAAUUAUUUGCUUUACUCAAAUUUAAUCCUUUUUCACCUAAAAGUAUUUCUAAUGUUUAGUCUGUUAAUGCCAGAUUUUUUAUGUAAGAUAAAAGUUGUGUCAUUUUGUAUUGUUGUGCAUGUGCAAUUUUGUAAAAACCAGGCUGUGAUAAGAUGAUACAAUUUAAUAUGUAUUCUGUAUGUAUGUAAAGUUAUUCAAGCUGCACAGAUGUGAGUGCUUUUUGUUAUUUAAUAAAUGUUUAUAAGCCUA